UUACGAUUGACCACGUCAUCAAUUUGCGCUUUUCUUCCUUCUCAAUUGCUUCCGUCGCGCCCUUGGUAGCUUCUUGACCAUGUCAUGAUCCCGUCGGCUACAGCAAAUUCAACGCGUCAUAGUCUAGUUAGUUCCCUCGUUAUCUCAUCAGUAAUCGCUUUGUCAAGACAUUCAAAUACUCAUCCAUUAGUGAAAGAUUAUCGAGAAACACAAUGACCUCCUUUACAAAACAACUCCUUUCACUGCUGCUUCUUGCGUCUUCUACUCAUGCCUUUUUGGUAGGAACGACCCCGAUUACACGCCAAGUCACAUCCUUGAACGAAGCCACGGGUGGCUGGGGCAUCGGUCAGAGUCGCGAAAUUAGUUCCGAGGAGUAUGCCAAGAGCGACCGCCAGGCGUUUCAGGGCUACGAAAUGACGGAUCGAGGUGACUUUAUGCGCAAUGUCAAGAGCGACCAGGACGCCAUGAGGAAGGCCGAGCUCGACGAGUUGAUGGGUGUGGCUAAGUUUGCGGGCAUCGACGCCAAGGACCCCAAGGAACGUUUGAACAAGUUUGAACCGGACUUUUUGGGAGAUGAAGAUGAUAUUGAUCUGAGUGUUUAAUAAACUAUUGUUGAGAAGAGAGUGGUGUGAGACGACGAUAACGCAGUUCCACGACUUGGAAAGCGACUGUUUGGAAGAGAUUUGUCUGGUGAACGGAAAGAAUGACAGCACACUGAGGUGUAAUUAUGAUCACAUCGAUUGCAGAGUGAACGGCAAAUGACUUGUACAUAGGCAAACUAGAGAAAGAGAUUGCA